CGUGACUCUUAUUUUGAAAUGUCGUUUUCACAUGCCCCACAACUCAGAGGAUCUCUGGACGCGCUGCUGAACGCAGAUAACCAUGUCAAAGGAGGAGGUCCCCGAUAUUUCUCCUGUCUUAUUCCUGGACGCGAGUGGACAAUCGAUGCGCUUCUACGUGAGACCCGGCCCCGCUAAAUCACAUAUUUUUUCUCUGGUAACUAACGGAGGAGGCGCUUUGUGCCGAAAUCAAGAACCCGGAGCUAUUUUGUUGAUCGAUCCCUGGGACACGGCGACUAUCGCGUCCGGCUGCGGACAGAGGUACAUCUCCACCAAAUACAUCACGGAUUGCGUGGAGCAGAACCAGCAGUUGAAUCUGGACGACUACGUGAUGAGCGCGGGCCCGUCCGUACAGACGAGGACGUCCACCCGUCAGCAGGGCAGUGGGCGGUUGGGCUACUCUCCCGAAGAAGACGCCGCCAUCUUGAAGUUCAUGGAGAAACGUCAACAUGAAGCCAAGGGCAACCUGGUUUGGAAAGAAAUGGAGAAGCGGCGCGUGACCGGCCACAGCUGGCAGUCCAUGAGGGAUCGCUUCCUGAAGCACCUCCAGCAAAGGCUCGCGAAGAAGAGUCCCGCCAAAAGAAAAACGGUUUGUUUCACGCAAAGCCCUCUGCGUAAGAAGAAGGUCACCGAGAACUCUGAACCCGAGGCCGAUACCUCGCCAAACCCUCCUGAAAAGCCCGUUGUGGUGCCGGAUUCGUCUGAGACUCAGAUCAUCACAGAAAGCAGCGUGUGUCUGGCGACCGUGAGGACGGACCCUCAGCCUUCUCCGGAGAGAGCCAGUUCUCCUCCAGACGUGGCUGACGCUGCAGCAGAGCCCCCGCAGGACGAGUCUCCUGUCCCGGUCCAAGAAGAAGAAGAAACGCCGGAGCCUGAGAUAUCAAGACGACCUGGAUCAGAUGAAAGUCGUGAUGGACAAGAAGCUCCAGAUGGAUCAAAGGAACAUUCGUCUCCCAACAAAACAAGAAAAAGUACCUCCAAAACUGCCACGCCUGAAUCUCGACAACUUGGGAUUCUUGCGAAAGCUGCAAGAGAGUUUGAGGACUCAGAUGUGAUGGAUGAAAGUGAAGAAGAUCCGUUUGAAGCACCAACCGCCAAGCCGUCAGAUGCACAAGAAAGUUCAGCAUCACCUGCUACACUAACCAGGGAACCAGAGACUCAAGCUGAACCAAACCAAAACGGCCAACAGGAAGCGCCAGAAGCUGUUUGUCCGUCGCCGCCCCCCGAGGAAGAGCGCCCAGGUCCUAGUUCCACCACCGUCCCUACAUCUUCAUCUCACUUCUUCAUUCUGGACUCGGAGUCGCAGGACAAACGCGACAGCCAAACGAGAGGAGCUCCGGAGGAAAGUCCCUCCAAAGAACUGGUGGAACAGGUCGAGAACUUGAUGAGAACGAGCAAGAAGGAUCUGGUGGAGGUGACCAAGGCCCUGUGGAAAGCUAGCGGUGACUUGGAAAGAGCUCGGGCGUAUCUGACCGGCGGAUACCAGCGUGACCUUCACGGGCCUCUCUGGACCCAUAUGGACGAUGAGAUCCUCCUGUUGGCUAAUCCAUCCGAACUCGAGCAGCUUCGGUCCAAAUACGGACAGGAGGAAGUGAGCAGGAGAAGAGAUUUCCUCACGGCUGGCGUCAACUGAGACCAUUUGUUUGGUUCAAUGGCUGUUUCCCGAAGCUCAACUAGACAGAACUAGUCUUUUUUUUUUCCACCCGAUUUUGUAUUCUUAGUUUGGUCAAAUUCAGAUUUACGUUGAUCUAAGAGAAUUCUGCGAAUCGUUACAUAAAUGUGUAUUAAAUUAUUUUUCUAACUGA